AUGUGCGCCGAUGCUUUGGUUCAAAACUCCAAAGUGUUUUUCAUCUCCAGAGAGGUCAGGAUCGCUCCUGCCAAUGUGAUUGUACCGCAUGGAAAACCACUGCAUAGCUACAGAUACUUGACAGCGCCGUUCAACACCAAAGUGUGGAUUGUUUUAGCCACCUAUGUAUUUCUGAUUUCCUUGUUCCUCUGUCUGAUUCACUGGCUUAGAAGCGGAAAAUGGGACUUUAGUGGAAAUUUGCUCGAAGUCUACAGCUCACUUUUAUUUAAUGGCUUCCACUUGAAGGCGAUCCAGGGAACGGAACGCUUCAUUCUGUUUGGAGUAUUAUUCAUUUCAGGAUUUGUGUACUCCACCAUGUAUUUGGGGCUGCUGAAGAGCAUGCUCAUUUCGGAGAUUUUUGAGAAGCAGAUACAAACCUUCGAGGAACUGGCUGCAUCAAAUAUUCCGCUCCUCAUCGAUCCGUAUGAUAGGAUGAUCUUUCAAGAGCAUCACAUUCCCAAGUCGCUUUGGACCGCUGUGAGAACAGUGCCCUCGGAAACCCUAGUCAGCCAUCGAAACAACUUUGACCAGAAGUACGCCUAUGUGUUGUUUCCAGAUCGCAUGGACAUGUUCGUCUACGCCCAGCAGUACUUACGGCAUCCAAAGUUCCGUCGCAUACCCAUCGACAUCUGUUUCCUCUUUGCCGGAUUCCCCAUGAGCAAGAAGUGGUUCCUCAAGCACCACCUCAGUAGGGCCUGGUUCCAUGCCUUCGAGAGCGGCAUAGUGAAUAAAAUGGCCUCGGAUUCCUAUCGCGAGUCGGUGGGCCAGGGAUAUCUUAGCUUUCCCAUUACGGAGCACUUGGAGGCGAAGCCUUUGGGUCUCUAUUACUUCGUGAUGCCAGCGAUUUCGCUUGUGCUCGGCUAUUCAAUGGCCUUACUGAGCUUCAUUGUAGAAGUUAUUGCGUGCAAGUUACAUUUCACUUUCAAAUACAGAUGUGGUUAA